AUGCCCGAAUUCAUCUACAUCAACGGGUUCCCCGGCGUCGGCAAGCUCACCGUGGCCAACGAGGUCUCGAAGCUCAUCCCAGGGAGCAGGGUGUUCCACAACCACUUGGUCAUCGACCCCGUCGCCGCGGUGCUCGACCGCGGGUCUCGUGGCUACGACGAGCUUAGAGCGGGUUUUCGUCGACACGCUCUGCACACGAUCGCCACGCACCAGGCCCUUCGGGGCACGACCUUCAUCUUCACCGAUUCGCGCGAAUCGAGCGGCGUGGGAAGUGAGGGCGCGAGAGACUACCAGAAGGCGGCCGAGAUGAGGGGUGUGCCGUUCAUCUCGAUCAUUCUGCAUUGCGGGCUCAGCGAGAACCUUCGCAGACUCGAGAGUAGAAACGACAUCAGCGAGCGGGGUACCAAACUGACUGACGGGGGGGUUUUGCGGGCCAUUCGCGAGACUGAGGAGAUAUUCCGUUUCGGAGGGAAUUUGGAGAAGGAGGUUGAUACCACGGACAUGCGGCCCAGCGAGACGGCUCAGAUGAUCAUGCAGCAUGUGAGCGCAGUAACAGGCGAAAGGAUCGAGAUCAAGAUCAUACACCCAUAUCCAUAA